AUGGCGUUCCUCAACCGCAAUGCAGCCAUCCAAUUCAUCUUGAGUCAAUCCAAUCCUCCGGAGGUUGUUCUCUACUUUGCGGACGACGACAAUACUUAUGAUCUGAGGCUCUUUGAAGGCAUUCGUACCACCAAGAAGAUUUCCAUGUUUCCCGUAGGGCUUGUGGCGGGUAGCUCUCACAGCAGUCCAAUACUAAAAGAUGGUCGCUUGGUUGGAUAUUCGGAUUCAUGGAUAUGCAAAAGGAAAUUUCCCAUGGACAUGGCCGGAUUUGCAAUCAAUAUCAAAAUAUUGGCUUACAAUCCGGAUCGGGUGGCAAUGCCGUUCAUUCCCAGUUAUGAAGAGGAUGGAUUCCUCAAAGGUUUCAAUUUCAAUCGGGAGGACGUGGAGGCCUUGGCGGAAAAUUGCACCAAAGUUUGGGUGUGGCAUACAACCACAAUUGAAAAAUCGGCUCCGACGUUUCGAUUUGAACAAUCAGACACAAAUCUGCAAAGCUUAUUCACAGAACUCCAGAACACAGGGUUGAUCAAAAAAUCCGACGAUGGACCUCAUUUGCCGCAAUGUGGAAUAGAUAGUGUAAGUCUUGUUGAAGUUGUCAAGUAUCCCUUUCUCAGAAGGUCUCAAAACGUGCUCGAUUAUUUGUGA